AUGUCAUCAUUUUCACUGGUGAAUAUGCUCUAUGUAUCACUUAUCAGCGUUAUCUAUGCUAUACAUUACAGAAUAGUGAAGGAAGGCGAUCGUGGAUUGGAAGGUGAAGGAAGCGGAACUGGCGAUGAAAGGAUUGUAGUAUGGGAAAAAGUAGCUGUCCCUCCGGAAGAAGUUGAUCAGCAGUUCACGAAGACUGAUGAAUCCAGCCACGGACCUGAAUUACUACUGCCCGACACUGAUUCCAUUACGUCUUCUACCGUUUUCAUCGCCGGAAUCGAAAAGGAUUCCGAAUUUGCAGUGGAACAGCCCACAAUCAAGCCAAAAAUGCACGCAGGCGCAUCCGGGAUGCAUCGAUUCCACUUGGUUCAUCCGCCACAAGCACAUUUUGAAACAAAGAACUACGAGGUGCAAGAUAUCUGGAAAUCCAAGUCACUUAUUUUUCACGAACCAAUGAAGCGUAAACAUAUUCGUAAUUCUGGAUCGCUGUCAUCCAUAUCGUCGGCUCCAGAUCAGUCGUUCUUGGAUAAAAGGGAAAACAGCGGUGGCAUCAUCACAAAAUACACUUUUCUUGCUGCGGAUGAAAAUAGUGAUGAUAAUAAGAAUGGCGUUGUGGAAAGUGAUCGGCAGGAUAUCCAGGAGAAUACAAGAAUUAUUACAUCCACUACUGCUAAGAGUGCUACGGUUGAAGCUAUGAAUCAGUAUCAAAGUCAUGGAUGGCAAAGGGCAGUAUAUAGAAGAAAUGAAGGCUUGGAAGGAGAAGACAUAGGUGAAAGCCAUGUACUUUGCAAAGAAGAGGAAAUGCCAUCAGGCGGAAUGAGUGGGCAGCUGUUCAAGGUUAAGGAAAGUGAAUACGAGUUGGAACUGCUGACUCCAGUGAUUUCGGAAAUACCAUCAGCAAAAAAUGUCAUGGAACCAACAGUUCUUACACGCCGCUCCGAAGUUACCGUGAAACCGGUAGUAUCCAGCAAAUCAAACGCAAAAACUGAUUUGCGUCAAAUGCACAAUUCCGAUUUGGAGAUCCCGGUUCUGAUACACUCCGAGGCGCUCUCAUCAAUGAAAGAUUGGAAGUCUGAAACUUGUGUUGCCGAAGGUAGCUUUUUAAGCUUUAAGUUCGAAGUUUCCAGUUUUAAGUUUUAA